UAACGACGGAAAGAGACACAGUCCCAGCAUUGAUUUCAUCAUGAAUCGAUUGGUGGCCAUAUUCAGUUUCUGCCUGCUCUUGGUCGCAGGACACUCGGUGGAGGAACCGCAGGACUCUCAGGAGUUGCCUGAUAGCACCACCCCUUGGAUCGAAGAAGGCUUCCCGCCCGAAUCUGUGGAGCUCUCCGAGUUGGUUGUGCCCACCAUUGAGGAGGAAAUUACGGAUGUCCACAAGAUAAACUGGCUGCCCGUGUGGCAGGAGCAGGAGUAUCCAAGAUUCGCUCGCGAAGUGGUCGACCAGCCAGUUGGCGCUACCCAGAUCCCUGAGAACUCCACGCCAAAGGAGACGGUGGAGGAUGUGCUGCUGCCCAAGGACAACAAGGAGUGCCCAAGCAACGCCGAGCGGGGCCUAACCAACCUUGUCCGGGUGGCCCGUCCACUUCUACCAGUUCCUCGACUCCGGAACAUCUUGGCGAAUGCCCUCGAGGAUGCCCAGGUCCAGAGCUUGGUCAAGUUGCUAAGAAGUGAUGACCUCAAGGCACAAGUACAGCGCUUGAGAGCCACGAAGGAGCACCAGGUGCUGCAUGACUACAUCUGCCGGAAGCUUAAGCUGGAUCCCUCCUACCACGUGGACUUCGUGAGGGUGUUCCUCGACGUCAACUCCUUGGAACCUGCGACCAGUAAGCUUCCCAACCGCCGACCAGGAAUCAGAGGACUCCUUCUGGAUCUCCGCGAUGCCCUGCCCCGCUCUGUCCUGAGGGAUAUGUACCUGCGUCUCUACUCCUCCGACUCCGAGCUUGCUAGUGCUGUCCGCCUCAUCAGGGGCUCCGAGUUCCGGCGUAUUCUUCGGAGCGUGCGCCUCCUGAAGGAAUACCAAUCCCUCGCCAGCAAGCUGGAGAAGGCUGGAGUGCCUCUGCGCCAGCUGAACCAACUGGUAGCCAAUGCCCUGGGCUGGACCACCGUGGACAUGGGCAGCGAGACGGUCAUUUGGAGUGUUUAGAUGGCAAAGGUGACUUCAUCUGUGCCAAUGUCAUUAACUACUCGUUAGAAAACUCUCCUUUCUUACAAGUUACUUACAUGAAAUAUUUUCCGUCUAAGUACUUUUACUUAUUGUAAAAAAAAUUAAUUGAGGUGUUUGGAAAACUUGAGAUAAUUAAAAUGAUUCUUUAAGUAAACUAA